AUGAAGAUGAGACCUCCCGGCCCUCUGCUGAUCCUGCUCUAUGUCACACUGUCAAAGUGUCUCAAGGUGGUCUCCAAGCGAGGCUCAGUGGAUGGCUGCACAGACUGGUCGGUGGACUACCUGAAGUACCAGGUGCUGCAGGGUGAGCCGGUGCGACUAAAGUGUGCCCUGUUCUACGGAUACAUCCGCGCCAACUACAGCCAGGCGCAAAGCGUCGGCCUCAGCCUCAUGUGGUACCGCAGCUCAGGCCUUGGCCACAGCGACUUCGAGGAGCCCAUCUCUUUCGACGGUGUGCGCAUGAGCAAGGAGGAGGAUGCCAUCUGGUUCAGACCUGCCGACCUUCAGGACAUUGGACUUUACUCCUGUGUCUUACGGAACUCAACUUACUGCAUGAAGGUGUCCAUGUCACUAACGGUUGCUGAGAACGACACUAAUAUGUGCUACAACUCCAACAUGCGACGGAUGGAAAAGGCCGAGCUAAGCAAGAGUAAAGACAUCCUGUGCCCUGACAUCGAUGACUAUGUUGAGCCUGGCAAAGAGCCAGACAUUACUUGGUACAAGGAAUGUCAUCCAAAGAAGUGGCGUGCCAGUGUCAUCCAGAAGAGAGACAUUCUGACUUUCCAGGAGGUGAAGGAAGACGACAUUGGAAACUACACCUGCGAGGUCCAAUUCGGAGGCUUUGUGGUCAGGAGAACGACUGAACUCGCCGUCACCGCCCCUUUGACCGACAAGCCACCCAAGAUCCUGUUCCCCUCGGAAAACAAGAUUAACAACAUGGAGCUGCAGCUAGGUGGUGCCCUGAACCUAACUUGCCGGGCGUUUUUCGGCUACAGCGGCGACGUCAUCCCACUCAUGUACUGGAUGAAGGGAGAUAAAUUCAUCGAAGAUCUAGAUGAGGAGCGAGUGCAGGAGACUGAAAUCAAAAUCGUCAAGGAGCAUCUAGGCGAGCAGGAAGUGGCCAUCUCCCUGACCAUCGACUCACUGGAGGAGGAGGAUCUAGGAAAUUAUUCGUGUUAUGUCGAGAAUGGCAACGGCCGUCGCCAGGCUACCAUCCAGCUCUUCAGGAAGGCAGAGCUCAUGUACACGGUGGAGCUUGCCGGGGGGCUCGGAGCCAUCCUGCUGCUGCUCAUCUUCCUCAUCUCGCUGUACAAAUGCUACAGGAUUGAGAUGAUGCUCUUCUACAGGAGGCACUUUGGCAGCGAAGACCUGGACGGAGAAAACAAGGACUAUGAUGCCUAUCUGUCUUACACCAAAGUGGACCCUGACCAGUGGAGCCAAGAGACCCGGGAGGAGGAACGCUUCGCCCUGGAAAUUCUCCCUGAUGUACUGGAGAAGCAUUACGGCUACAAACUUUUUAUCCCCGACCGGGAUCUCAUUCCAACUGGAAGUCUCACCACUGAGCAUUACCAGGAUGACACGCGACUUUUUGGAGCUUACAUCGAGGACGUGGCACGCUGCGUGGAUCAGAGCAAGCGGCUCAUCAUCGUCAUGACGCCCAACUACGUGGUUCGGCGCGGCUGGAGCAUCUUCGAGCUGGAGACGCGCCUGCGCAACAUGCUGGUCACCGGCGAGAUCAAGGUGAUCCUCAUCGAGUGCGCCGAACUGCGCGGUAUUAUGAAUUACCAGGAAGUGGAAGCCCUCAAACACACCAUCAAGACCCUGACCGUCAUCAAGUGGCACGGCCCCAAGAGCAACAAGCUGCACUCCAAGUUCUGGAAGCAGCUGCAGUACGAGAUGCCCUUCCGGCGCACUGAGCCCAUGCUGGGCCACGAGCCGGCGCUGGACGUCAGCGAGCAGGGCGCUUUCGGCGAGCUGCAAACCGUCUCGGCCAUCUCCAUGGCGGCGGCCACCUCCACCGCCAUGGCCACCGCCCACCCGGAGCUUCGCUCGUCCUUCCACAACUCCUACCACACCACCGUGAGGCAGAAACACUACUACCGCAGCUACGAGUACGACCUGCCCGCCGGGGGCACCCUACCGCCGCUCUCGUCGCUGGGGAGCCAGCACACCUACUGCAACAUCCCUCUGACGCUGCUCAACGGGCAGAGGCCGGCCGGGAAGAGCCGCGAGCACAGCCUGGAGGAGGCGCACGCCAACAACGCCAUGUUGCCGUUGCUGCCGCGCGAGACCAGCAUCUCCAGCGUGAUCUGGUAA